CGGGGAACCAGGGAAAGUGAACUUCCGCUCCGAGAUUGCGGGGCUGGGCUUCAUCGUCAGGCCUCCUCACCAGCUCCUGUCCCUUCUUCUGUGUCCUGGACUCCGGAUACCUCGACUCUCAGUACUUUGUGCACAGCCCAGGGCCAGAGCCAUGGCUAUCUCCUCCUCUUCCUGGGAACUGCCACUGGUGGCUGUGUGCCAGGUAACAUCAACACCGGACAAGCAGGAGAACUUCAAAACAUGCGCUGAGCUUGUUCGAGAGGCUGCGAGACUGGGUGCUUGCCUCGCCUUCCUGCCUGAGGCAUUUGACUUCAUUGCAAGGGACCCUGCAGAGACACUACAUUUGUCUGAGCCACUGGGUGGAAACCUUUUGGGAGAAUAUACUCAGCUUGCCAGGGAAUGUGGACUCUGGCUGUCCUUGGGUGGUUUCCACGAGCGAGGCCAAGACUGGGAGCAGACUCAGAAAAUCUACAAUUGUCACGUGCUUCUGAACGACAAGGGGUCAGUGGUGGCCACUUACAGGAAGACCCAUCUGUGUGAUGUGGAGAUUCCAGGACAGGGGCCUAUGCAUGAGAGUGACUCUACCAUUCCUGGGCCCAGUCUUGAGUCUCCUGUCAGUACACCAGCAGGCAAGAUUGGUCUAGCUAUCUGCUAUGAUAUGCGGUUUCCGGAACUCUCUCUGGCACUGGCUCAGGCUGGAGCAGAAAUACUUACCUACCCUUCUGCUUUUGGAUCUGUUACAGGCCCAGCCCACUGGGAGGUGUUGCUGCGGGCCCGUGCCAUUGAAACCCAGUGCUACGUGGUGGCAGCAGCACAGUGUGGACGCCACCAUGAGAAGAGAGCAAGCUAUGGCCACAGCAUGGUGGUGGAUCCCUGGGGAACGGUGGUGGCCCGCUGCCCUGAAGGACCAGGCCUCUGCCUUGCCCGGAUCGACCUCCGUUACCUGCGGCAGUUGCGCCAACACCUGCCCGUGUUCCAGCACCGCAGGCCUGACCUCUAUGGCAGUCUGGGCCGCCUGCCAUCUUAAGACACUGACUUCCAGGAGUUGAGACUCCCCGUGAGCUGGUGUGGCUGUGACCUGAAGGCAGGACCCAGGUGUGGCUCCCCUCCCCUGGAGAACCUUGCCUCUCUCCACGGAACACAGGCUCGGCUUCUUGGGAAAGAAGAAACUUUCACCUGAGCUUAGAUUUCAGUUUCAGAAAGGUGGAAUUUUAUAUAGUCACUGUUUAUUUCAUGAAAACUGAGUUUCUGCUGAGGGCUGAGCAGCACUGGCAUUGAAAAAAAUAGAAUCAUCAUAAAGUCUGUGUCCGGACAUCUCCUUUGGGAGCUCAAGGGGGAGGUGGUGGUGCACCAGUGGGACCAGGCUCCAGCGCUAGGCCUCCUGGCUCACUCGCCAUGCCUCCCUACCCAAAUAAAAGUGCAACACUCAGUGCAUGUCCCAGCCCCACGCUCCGACGCUUGGGGGUGGGGGUGGGCUAGAGAAUGGGGAAGGAAAGAGAAGACAGGAGGUGAUUAUCAACGACUUCACUUGCACCUGUGAUGCCCUUUGCUCCAGCCAGAAGAAAGCCAAGGGGAAAGGGCUGCAGGCUACAUGAUUUAUUUUCACUUGAACAUGGAAGGGAAGUCUCACACUCCCCCUUCCCCUUCUCAGGGGGAGUGUAUUUUAAUCAGCACCCCCUUCUCCGUCCACCCUGUCGGGAGGGGCAACUUGGCUGGCCCAGUCCUCUUACCCAGUCCUCCCUUGAAGAGGGUUUGGCAAAGGGGACAAAGGACAGAGCCGCACCAGGCAGAGGUCUGCAGCCCUGCAACGGAGGGGACCGGGCAGAGAGGAGCAGCACCAGAGGCCAGGAGAGCGCGGAAAGGGCCACAGCUUCGUUUUUUAAAAAUUCUAUAAUUUGGGAGAGGGUGGUGAUUCAUUUCCAAAAUACACUUCAGAGUCCCACCUUCCACACAGCUCCCUUACUCACAGCCCUUUGGUUUUUCAGACAAAAUUGAAGAGCCCUCAUAAAGCCAGAAGUACGGAUAACCCCGCAACGCACCCAAAAGCAGUGUUCACUUCCGACCCUUACAAAGACUAUGUUCCGUAGCCUUUGCUUCUCCCUCUACGUUUGUCUUACGGCUCAGUGGCAAGGUGGCUGUAGAGACACACAUUAGGAGGGUACGUGGAUAAGGGAAACAAAGGGGAGGCCCAGGCAUGUGGGUGCAGGGAGGGAUGGGGAACACCACUUCCAUUUUCGUCUCUUCCUU